AUGACUCAGCGCUUUUUGAACAGUGGCGCCUUUCUGGCUGCCUUGAUAGCAACCACUGAGGGAUCCUACGUCGAGCCCUCUCCUAAUGCUACUGGCGUGUACGCCAUCCCUGGAUACGAUAUCAACGCCCCAUGGAGCGUCUCCGCGACACCGGUCGAAGGUUGGAAAGCCCAGAUGAACUUGACCAUAAGCGGGCAAGGUUACCCUGAUAGGUUUGGACCAUCUAUGAAUGGUCCAGGAUACGCAGCUGGGCUUACCCGAGUGUCGUAUAUCCCACCGGAAGGAAUAAACGCGACCGAAUCCCAGUGGACUAUCUGCAACACCAGAUUUGCGCUUUCUGCCGAAGUGACCGACAAGGCGCAGGAUGAUGACGGAACGUGCGCGUUCGUCAGCGAGGAAUGCUUGAGAGAACUGAAAACUGCUUGGGUUAAACCGAUCGUCGAGCACAAAGCUUGCUUUACUGUCCCUGACACACUUCCCAACAGCUGCAAGCAAAGCCUUGGAAGUGUUGCCGAAACAAACCGAGACGAGGCUUUCGCGUCCAGCAUAGAUGGCAUUACUGGGAGAACCACCGCAUUUGAGGAACAGGUCGCCAAUGCGAGUUUGGUGGGCCAUAAUGGAACUAUAGUCGCUCAACACAUGCGCACUAUCCACCCUAUUCUCAGUAUCUGGCUCUGGAACAACCUAACAUUUGCGGAACUUCCAGUCAGUAACGGCAGCGAUGCUGUAGCAUUUGCCCAUCUCAAUUGCUUCCGGGCAAAUCGACUUGAAAAUGGCAGUACCACGGAUGCACCGACGCAGUCAAGCUCUACAUCUCAGCCAUCAGACACACCUUCCUCAGGCUCUGCACUGGCCCCGGCAGGAAGACAUGUCCUGUAUAUUGUCACGGGCGGGAUUGCGAUGUUGCUGGCGAGGCUCUGA